AUGGCUAACGCUACCGAUGCGUAUUGUGUGCCAGGUGCCACUGAAUUUAAUAAAGCAUAUAGCCGAUUACAUGGCUAUAUUGCACUAGUGAUAUGCAUCAUUGGAUCCACCACUAAUUCCAUCAAUAUAACCGUUCUGAGCCAGCGAGAAAUGAUCAGUUCUACCAAUUCCAUACUUACAGGUCUUGCAGUUGCUGAUCUUCUUGUUAUGUUGGAAUACAUACCUUACGCUCUUCAUAUGAAUAUAAAAAUUGGUCCCGAAGUAAACAAAAACACGUAUGCUUGGGCCGUUUUCGUAUAUUUUCAUUCAAUAUUUAGUCAAACGUUUCAUACUAUCUCAAUCUGGCUAGCUGUAACGUUGGCUGUAUGGCGCUAUAUUGCAAUUGCUUUUCCACAAAAAAAUAGAACAUGGUGUAGUAAAGAAAAUACAACAAUUGCUAUAGUAAGCGCCUAUGUGAUAUGUCCAUUUUUGUGUCUUCCUAUUUAUUUCGCAAUGAAUAUAGUGCCAAGUGAAGUAACACCUCAGAAUAAUUCUGAGUUCGCGGAAGACUUAUUAUUACCUCACAAUAGAACUGUGUAUGUUCUAGAAAUGUCAAAAAACAAAGAAUUGGUUACUGCAAUAAUGUGGAUAUAUAGUGUUAUAUUAAAAUUAGUUCCAAGUAUAGCUUUAUCAAUUUUGAGUACCUGUUUAAUAUCAAAGUUGACAACAACAGAAAGAAGAAGACAAAAGCUGCUUAAGCGAUCAAUAGUUGGACCAAAUGAUGCUGAGAAACAAUGCUUGGCGGAAGAAUCAAGUAAUGCGCGGCGUUCUAGUCGUACAGAUCGCACGACGCGAAUGCUUUUGGCUGUGCUUGGCCUUUUUCUAUCAACUGAGGUACCACAAGGACUCCUCGGUCUUGCAAGUGCUUUAGCACCAGAUUUCUUCAAAAGCUGUUAUAGUAUGUUCGGUGAUCUAAUGGACGUGUUGGCCCUGUUUACAUCAUCAGUGAACUUCGUCUUGUAUUGUAGCAUGAGUCGACAAUUCCGUUGCACAUUUGCUCGACUUGCGCGUCGUAUGCUAUUCACUGUGGAGGAGCCUCCGAAAUUCUCAGCGAAGCAUGAACCUACCACACAGGUUACAGGACCACUUUAG